AGUAAAAAAAAGGUAAAAUGACAUCAGAUGUACACAGUAAAUACACAACUCAUUCAACACAGGCAACGUUCAAUAAGUUUUUUUUCUGACACUAUUGUUACAGUAUUUUCUUUUCAAGUUUUUGUGCUGUACACAGACUGCUGCCCCCUCUAGGUCACGCGAUGAAGUGCAGAGACAAGUUAGCGCCGAAUGAUUAUGCUGACCUGCAGACGACCUCACUUGACCUGAUAUACAGUGAUAAGUACCGAAAAAACAAGAACAUAGAAAAGCGCCACUUGUCGAACCUGCUUCGAAAAGUUAGUUUUUCCAACAAAUUAUUAUUUUGAAUUAUUGGUCUUGGGAGCUUUAUAAGAGUGAGUGAAAUAGCUGGGUCGUACCGUCCUCCUCGCCCGGCUCUGUCACGCUGUGACCGGCAGCAGUUUAGCGGCGGUCGAGUUGUUUACUGCUUUAUCAUAUAAAAAACAUAUAGAAAAGUGAUGAUAGGUUAAUGACGUGUUAACGAACGGGUCCUCGCGGCCGUGGUUCACGUGAACGAGCUCGGGCUGCUUACGGUUCCUUUUUAAUACACGCACUGUUAGCAGACUGCUACCUGUCAGCUAACACACACACCUGACGGUUUCCUUCAUAAUAUCUUUUUUAAAAUCAAUUUCAACUUUGUAAACUUCUCAGUUUUCACCAAAAGUCAUAAUUUUGCUGAUACACGUCAUUAUUAAUUAAUUAAUAAUUGCAUUAAUUAAAAGGUUUUAUAACCUCUCAUUUACUCGGGUUAAAAAUGUAAUAAAAAUAAAUAAUGAUAAAGUUAAAUUAUGCUGCAAAGUGCAAUUAGUGUGACUCAAUGGUUAUCCACGAGACAAUAUAUAUUUUUAAAAAUUUAUAGUCUCGCUAUUGAGGCUAUUUUUUAUUAUUGCAAAGAAGAAGAUAUCAAUUUAAAGCAUUUGCCUUUAAUAACAGAGCCACGGUCUAUGACAACAUAUGGUUUUUAAAACAAAGUUAUUAUUUUUUUUGUGUGUACAACAGACUUUAUUCCCACCUCCUCUCUCUACUCUACUAUUGAUGGAAAAAUGUGGUGUUACCACAAACCAGGGUUUGAGACCCUCCUCCUGGCUGAGCUGCAGAGGCAGCAGCAGCGCAACCAGUUCUGUGACACUUUGCUUAAGGCAGAAGGUGUCUCAGUGCCUGCACACAGUUGUGUUCUGUCAGCCAUAAGCCCCCAAGUGUCCUCUGCCCUGUUGUCCUCUCCAGCGCCGCCAGCAGGACAGAGCAGAAUGCUGGAGUUUCAGGCUCUUGGUGCGUGCACCCUCCUCCACAUGGUCAGACUGCUGUACUCUGGAGAGAUGGCAGGGGAAGGGGAGAGGGAGAAGGAGGAGGCUAUUUCUGCUGCAGCCAAUCUGGGCAUCCAGGGGCUGGUGGAGGUCACCGAACGAGAUCAGAGCAGAAGGAAUGAGAUGGGAGGAGGAGGAGGAGGUCAACACGCCGAGGUCGGAGUUCAGACGGAGCCAUCGAUCUUACAGGAGACCAGGGUCAAGUGGAGGAGAGCAUCGAGGGAUGAAAACACAUUUCUGUGGAAGGAAUCACUGUGGGAUGGUGAAAAAGACACGUGGACACAAACUGAGACGUGGCAGGUGAACACAGAACCUCCUCCUCACUCUCCUGCCUCCUUUGAACCUAACAAUAUGGCGGUAAUCCAGGACGGUGCACAGUCUGACGCUCAGCUAUUUAACCCUCAAAUUCCAUGUAUUCCCAUUUCUCUGGUCUUCACACCAGAGAACCAAGACCCCACAGCAGAUGGAGGAGCUCAGAUGUCCAUCACUGUCCCUCAGUGCAUGCACAGUUGCUCCGCUGUGUGUUCUGCUUGUCACAAAAGUUGGGUUAUCGCUCCUCAGGGAGCAGCCACAGAUGUGACUGAGGGUGAAGAGUGGCAGGAGCAACAGAUUGAGGAGUUCCAAGACAACAUUCCAGGAUUCAUCAACAAUUUUCUGAACCCAGAAAAAAAGGAAGGCACCGGCACAGGACUGGGAGGGCAGCGACAGAGGAGACCGAUGGCCGGUGUCAGGAGAGCUGGCACCGGUGAGAGAAAAGCGAGGAUACCACAAACAACCACAAGGAGGGGCAAAGGAGGGUGGAUGCAGACGGUGGAUGUGCAGGACGUGGGAGUGAGCAGACUGCAGAAGCAGUUCCUGCACAGGUGGAGGGCAUCGAGGGCGGGUCAGGGCGGAGGAGCGGCAGGCAGGAAACUGUACCUGAAGUCAAGAGAGGAUUUGAAGAAAGGUGAAAGCUCCCAGAAGAGGAGGCGCAGCAAUAAGUCUGUGUUUGAGGAGAGUGGAGAAACAACGUCAUGCAGGAGGUCAAGAGAAAACAGGAGGGGCGAAAGGACGCAGGGCAAACAGGACCUAAACAAAGCCCACCAGAGGACCAGGGCAAAAUCUGCAUCUUUAUCUUCCACACCUGUGAAAUUGUACAACAGCCACAGUCUACCCCGUCAUAUGCUGCUCUCACUUCCUCCCACCUACCUUCCCCCAGCAUCAUCCUUGCUCCACACCACCUGCCUCCCUCCUUUAGCCCCUUUACCUCACGAGGACCAGCCGGAGCAAAUUGACCGUCUUUUAGAGGAAGUGAUGAUGGGACUGGACAUCAUAUCAAAUGACAACAACAGCAGAAGCAGCGCCCCCCAGUGUCGUCCUACAGCGAGAACAAGCAACAGUUGCACCUAUGGCUCCUCUCACAAUUUGUCCCAGAAAACACAACCAGAACAUAACUCUGUCGUCCAGAGGGCAGGUGCAGGUUUUGAUGGAUCACAUGUUGCUGUUGUAGCAAAAGUAGCCGGUGGUUUAAACUCUGCUCAGAGUGAAGAACCUGUUCUCCAGCAGCAGGGAGAAGGUGAGCUGAACAUGAUGUUAGAACACUUCCUUCAGUCCUUUGAGCAACAGAUUGACAACUGCAAGACCGGAGCAGAGAUGGAGGAAGAGAGCUCCAAGACCCAGACCGUGACCCUUGACUCUGAUCAUCUGCACUAUUCACAUGCACCCUGUCUGGACACACACUCUGGAACAGCUGCAUUGCCUCAGAGCAGUCGAGCUGAAAAACCACACGUACAGUUGGAAACACACAGGCUCAGUGCACAAAGUCCAGCGUUCCCCAAACAGACUGAGGAAUUACCAAAGAAAGUGAAAAAACCCAGGAGGAGGAGAAGGAUGUGGACGUCCAGAUCUAUGACCAAAGCAAAGACCAAAGUCCAUCAGUACACAGGGGACAUACUGCUCCGACAGAUGCCUGUUGUCAGACUGACCAAACACGCCUUGUCAGUCAGAGUCACACUGCAGGAAGAGAGCGAUCAAAGUCUGGAAGUAAAGUGUCCUACAAAACCAAAUUGUACAUCAUCAGAAAGUCGUCCAAACGAUGACUCGUCUGAGAAGAAUCAGUUGUGGAGCUCAGUGAUCUACCCACUCAGAAGUCGCAUGAGGAAACCACAGAUCACGACUGUGUUACAGGACGCAGUGCACCUCCAACCUGAGCCACUGCAGGAACAACGGGUCAAGUUUUCUGAGCAACACAGGUCUGGGACAAACGGACAACUUCAGACUCCAUCUGAUGCAGAGAGAUCAUCUCCACCGUUUCAUUCACACCCUGAAGAGACCUGCAGGUCAGCUGAACAAUCAGAGGAACACGAAGAGAGAUCUGACGGUGAUUUGAAGAAACCACAGGAGCAGGUAGAAGGAGCAGCAGUGAGGGGAAGGAAGAGGUGUGCAGGGUCAGAGGGGAAGAGGUACGACGCUGCCACCAAGGCCAAAAGAAUUUGCUCGGCGGUGGCGGCAGAGUUGCCGUCUGACACGUGUGCCGACGGCGUUGAAGCUGCAGAUGCACUCUCUGAAAAACCAGAGGGCGACGUAGAGAACAUUUCACUGGUGAGGGAAGAAGGUGAAGCGGUGGAGGCUAACGGUAACGCGAUCAACAACGCAGACAGGGACCGUGGUGGAGAAGCUGAGCUGAAUAACCUUCUGAAUGAGCGGCGAGUGCCGACAGACGAAGGUGUGGUCACACCACACGAUCGCUCGCAUUCCGUAUCGCAGAAGAAUGAAGGAUGGACUAUAAGCUGGGAAGAUGAGGACAUCGAUGUGGUCGGAUGGUGCAGCCCUUUGCCUCGCGCUGAGCCUGAGAUCGUCAGCUGGACAGUGUCGUCAGAAGCUGAGGAUGAAGAAGAGGACGUGGACGUGGUGUGAGGAAAGUCGACUCUGCAGUCAUUCUUUGUUGCUUUUUUUUUUCUCACGUUUUUUCACGUUUUAAACAUUUAUUGCAUCAGCUGCUCACAAGUAUUUUUUCUGUUCUGUUCUCCGGAGUCAAAGAAAAACGGCUAAGAAUUAGGAAGGAAUUUGCAAUCUUUUUACAUGAAAAAAAUCCUGAGUUGAGUACUUUCUGGAUGAUUUACCAUUGAUUUUGCAUAAAUGUUGUCAUCUCUCGGUUCAGUGCUGUGUUACUGUUUAAACAAAGUUGGUUGUAGCUGUAGUGUUGAAAAACUGAGUGUUGGAAAUAAGGUUGCAUAUGCAGAAAAUAAUGGUUGGUUUACUGUCAGAGUGUUGUAUUACUUUAAAUCAUGUCAGGCGUCUGUUCAACAACACUUUUAGGUUUCAGAAAAAACAUCUGUCCUUGUUUUAUGGUUUGUUUAAUGUUAGGUUUCUACAAUAAAAUCUUUUGCAGUGAUGCAGUGGUUUUUUUUAAGCAAGUGCUGCAAAUAAACAAGCAACAACAAGAAAAAAACAGCUGAAGUUGAAAUAAGUUUAUUAUUUAUCAACCUGUGGAUCAACCUCCUUCCCACAACAACACAACACAUCAAAGCUGCACCAUGUCAGACAGAGGCUGCUGCUGCUGCUGCUGU